GUAAAAGAUCCAUGAAUUGCGUUCUAUGCAUUACAAGCCGAUUAUAAAUAAAUAAGGGAAUUUUGAAAGGUACGCUCGAGGACUUUCCGUGACGGCGCAUCGUAGAGCAAUUAGCGGCGUGUUCCGCUGUCGCUUUUGGGUUCUUGAACACACACACACACACACACACACACAGAGAGAGAGAGAGAAAGCAUCGAUGGAGCCGGCACGGUCCACGUUCAACGACCAGGAGAUGCGGCGGCAAUGGCGGCACUACCGUCAACGCCAGUAUCAAUAUCGGCUACUUGCCCGCGUUGUGAUCCGCACGGCAAUUUGGCUGCUCAGCGUGUAUGUGGUACAGCAGUGGAGUUCUCGUGCCGUGCCUUUCUAUCUGGUGCUUUCGAUUGUUCUGUUGGCUGUCGUUGUCGCAUACGGCGAAGACGCCGCUGCGGAGGACGCGACGGCGACGCGCAGAGAGCCGCGCGUCGACACAGGAGCCGCGCCAGUCGCCGUCGAAGGCAGCAACGACGCUGCUGGCGACAUAGGCCAGGAUGAAGCACAGGAGGGUGAUGAUGGUGUUGGCCGCGUGCCACAGCCGCAGUUAGAUCGCGCCGUGCGUCGUCGUGCGAAAAAGACGGCGGAAAACCACACACAAACGGCUGCAUUUUCUUCUGGGCAAGUUCCCCCCGCAGACUCGAAGCCCUUGCCGAACCCAGCGUCAAUCUCGGGUAGCGCCACACCGCUGUUCGACGGCGUUCUUACCCAGGCGCAGCAGCGCUCGGUGCUCCUUGCCAUGCAGCGGCUUGGUACUCCCGGUGCUACACGGUGCGCCAUGGACGCCGGUUUUCGUCGAACGCUCGUUAACGCAGCUCUCGACGACUCGGCCGCGUGCGUUUGCGGAAGUGGGGCGAAGUUUGGAGCGUGCUGUGCAUCUGUAAAGGAUGAACUGCUCGCUAUUAUUGAAACUACGUGA